UCGUCAACGGACGCAACGGCACAUGUUUUGCUGCGUGUUUUUGGUGCGUGCUUUCGGUUGCGUCACGACACGCGUAUCGUCGCGCGUUCAAUUCGUUGGGUGCCGAGAACGGGUUUUCUCCCGUCGUCGAGUUACGUCGUCGGUCUCGGAACUGCCGUUCGCAAAAGUGCAAGGAUUAGAAUGGAACAGAAUGCACCACUCGGCGUGAAGUGGUGACGAACAAUGAAGACAAUCACCUGUGUGGAACAAUAGCUCAGUGACAAAAGGUGUACAAAGCGUGGUGGGGGUCGAUUUUGAAUGGUCAAUGAUCUCACCGAAAUAUUGAACGUCACCACUUACCAAGCAUUCAAGGGCGGAAGUUGGCGGUCAUACCAGGGCGCAAUCAAGCCCCAAUUUGCGACCAUAAAAAUGAUAAUCAGUGGUGUUCAGUGAAGAACGUGUCCAAACACCGGGAGUAAUUAUGCUUUCUCGGGGUUGAUUUAGCGAAGCAUAGGCAAAAAGGGGUCCAGAGCGGCAUGAGAAGAGCCGUGCAGUGUUGAAAAAUAUCGAAAUGAGUACCUGGGAGACACCGUAUGAAUAUCCGGAACGGUGGAACCGGUGUGAGAAAGUGAAAUCAGUUUGAAGAAAUAUUGUAGGAAGAAAAUGUCGUUCUCGUCGAACGAUACGAUGAGGCCGCUGGCCAUGCAGCGGUCCCAAUCGUUGCCGCAGCUUCACUCCAGGGAAGACUCCGGGGUGGGAUUGAGUGGGAGUGGUUCCUGCAGUGGGAUCAACAACAUGGCGUACGAAUCAUCGGGAUCUCACCGGUCCCAUAAGCACCAUCGGCACUACCGGAAUGGCAAUGAGCUGAAGAUUCCCUACGGUGCCCGACUGGUGGCCGAUCUGAGACAGCUGAUGACCCUGCGGCAGCAUUACUACCCGGAAGGAGGCUGGGGAUGGCUACUGACGGUGAUCGGUUUUACGAUUCACUGCAUCUGCCAUGGGCUGCAUCUGUCGGCGGGGGUGUUCAUGAUGGAGAUGGCCAGCAUAUUUCGACAACGACCAACGGCAGCAGGUUGGCUUGGAGCCCUCUCGACGGCGGUGGCCCUCUUCAUCUCGCCCAUCACGAUAGCGGUGUGCAAACGGAAGUCCACUCGACUGACGGCGGUUAUUGGAGGGCUGGUGACCGCUUUGGGGUGCCUCUUCACCUCGUUCGCCUCGCAGUUUCAUCAACUUUUCUUUAGUUAUGGUGCCGUUGUUGGGGUUGGAGUCGGUAUGACACGGGACUGCUCAACGCUGAUGGUGGCCCAGUAUUUUAAAAGGCGACGGGAAUUCGUGGAGAUAUUCAUCGUAUCCGGAAGUGGACUGGGAAUCGCCGUUAUGUCGACGUUCAUCAAAUCGGCAAUCGACGCCAUCGGGUGGCGUUUGGGACUGCAGGCUGUUACGGGGACUGUGUUCAUAACGUUCAUACUCGGAACGUGCUAUCGAAGUGCAUCCUUGUACCAUCCUCAGAGGAGAGCAAUCCUACAUCUUAAGAACCAGAAGCGAAAAAUUAAGGAUAAGAAUAAACACGACGAUCGACCACCGUUUUUCGAUUUCAGCACGCUGCGCAGCAAAACCGUAAGGAUACUUCUGGUAUCGACGGGAAUAAGUGCAUUUGGAAUCAAUACGCCGAUCUUUUACCUGGCUCACCAAGUGGAGCAGGACGGAAUCAGCGACAAAGUGAUGAUACUCCAGGCGUACCUAGGGUUGGCCUGGACACUGGGCUGCGCAGCGUUUGGAAUGCUAGUCGUUAGAAAUAGUGUCGAAUGUCGCAUAGCGCGACAGUACUUGUGCCAAACCGCCACCUUCAUGUGUGGGCUGUGUAUCCUAGCUUUGACGGCGGUACAUGGCAACUACCACGGAUAUGUGAUGUUUGUGUGGAUUUAUGGCAUUUUCUGCGGAGGAUAUCACUAUUCUUUGAAAAUGUACACCUACGAGAAGGUACGAGCGAGGAACUUUGCCCGAGCAUGGGGUUUCGUGCAAUUUUCUCAAGCGAUACCCAUUGCUCUGGGUGUACCUCUGUCUGGCUACAUGAAUGUCGGGGGAUCAGGAAAGGCCGGCUACUACUUCAGCUCGGCAUGUGCCCUGAUCGGAAGCUUGAUGAUGUUCCUCAUUGAUCUGCACCGAAGAAACGUCUCUAGACAUAAGCACACCCGGGCCAAUGGCACUCGACAGCUGUGCGUAUCGGAAACGUGUCCCCAGCGACGGAAACUCUCAUUUUCACAAGAACCAGACAAUGAACCAGGCAUCAUCACUGGCAACACAGCAAUGAUGAUAGGUCCGGAGCUGUUGAUACCGCAGCUGAGCGACGGUAUUGCCGAACCGGUUAACGGUCUAGACAAACCUGAACUGACCUGUAUCUCCGAGGAAGGUAUCGCCGACAUGGACCUCCCGGAUAACCUUUUGGAUGAUCUAGACUACGUAGGGGAUUGUAUUACAUCGUGUAAUAAGGUUGAAAACUACUUAAUGCUAAGCGAAUUUGAAAACAAUCUAAGUGCCGAAGUUCCUAUUCUGCUGGACAAGCGAGGCCGGAAGCUAUCGCUGUCCAAAACUAAAGCUCUGCUCGCCAGUCAACUUAACUUCCAACACCAUCCCGAUUGUGCCAUGGAACAGCAGGGCAACAUUACACUUGGACCUAUUUCGCCAAUCAUCGAACACGACGAUUCCUCGGAUAGGGAUCAACAAAGCCAUCACCAUCAUCAUCAGAACCAACAAUCCGACAUGGGCGGCCAUGGGAAAACGUCGGUCAAGAAUGAUAAUCACAGUAACGGUGGAAAACACUGCCGACUAAGUCAUAAAUGGCGCCCAACACAGCAAACCGGUACGUUUCUUAGCAACCGAGUUAUAUCUGUGAUCGACGAAGCAUCCGUGUAGAUAGCAAGGGUUUGAAGGAGGGUCGCAUUUUUCAUUAGGCAUCAUUUGUUAAAUCGUUUAUAUUCGAAUUUUGUUUUAAUAGGGUUAAAUUUAUGUAAUAAAUUUUAACACGAAUGAAAUCUGGGACUGAAUAGGUUUAAAUCGUACCUGAUGUGAUUGAAAUUAGGAAAAGGCAGUUUCUAACACAUUUGAAGAGAUUGGAAAAAAUGUAACAAUACGCUUAGCUGAAUAUAAAAGAUGAAGAGGCGAAAUGCACAAAAGUAGUAUGCUAUUCAAACCCUUGCUUAUCUUUGCAUGCACUGUAAAAUAAAACCUAAGUCGAUCAACUGAA